UUCACAAAUCACUUAAAAACAACAACAAAAACUAAAAAAAAAACCUCAAACUCAAAGGACUUCUUCAUAAGAACUAGUCUCUCUCUCUCUCUCUCUCUCUCUCUCUCUCUCUCUAUAAUGCAAAUGAGGAAACCGGAUUUGAUCACGGGAAUAAACAACAAAAUGAACAACAACAACAACAACAACAACAUUAGCAAGAACAAGCUAAGGAAAGGUUUAUGGUCACCUGAAGAAGAUGAGAAGCUUGUAAGGUACAUGAUAACUAAAGGACAAGGUUGUUGGAGUGACAUUGCUAGGAAUGCUGGUCUUCAAAGGUGUGGCAAAAGUUGUCGUCUUCGUUGGAUAAAUUACUUGAGACCCGAUCUUAAGCGUGGCGCAUUUUCGCCACAAGAGGAAGAACUCAUCAUUCAUUUGCACUCCAUUCUUGGCAAUAGGUGGUCUCAGAUUGCAGCACGACUACCAGGUCGCACCGACAAUGAAAUAAAGAACUUUUGGAAUUCCACACUAAAAAAGAGAUUGAAAACCAACAACAACAACACCAGUCAAUCUCCAAGUGACUCAUCAGAUCAACAAAUAGAUGUUUUUGAUAUGAAAAACAAUAUGAUCAUGCCAAUUAAUGAACAAGAUCUCAUGACAUUAUGCAUGGAUAAUUCCUCAUCGUCAACAUCAUCAUCAUCCAUCCAAUCCAUGCAAAUGCAUGCCAUGGUUUUGUCUGACCAAUUUGAUCAUCCAUUUUCCUUGUUGUCCAAUAUUAACAACAUACCUACCUGCUUAACACAAGAUGGCAAUAUGGUUGUUGAUGAUAUUGGGCUUCAUAGUGAUGAUCAUUAUGGGAUUUUGGAGGCUAAUAAUAAAAUGGGGUUAUUAGAAAAUGACUUUGAACUUCCUCCACUAGAAAGUAGAAUUAGCAUGGAAGACAAGAGUAUGAUCCCAUUAAUUAAUCAUAAUGUCAUGAAAAGCUAUAAUAUCAACCACUUCAAUAAUAGUUGCUUCAAUAAUACUAAUCAAAUUCAAAAUUCUAAGGUUGAGGACUUUUUUGGGUUUGGAAAUCAUGGACAAGGGGAAAACUUAAGAAUGGGAGAAUGGGAUUUUGAGGGUUUGAUGCAAGAUAUGUCCUAUUUUCCUACCCUUGAUUUUCAAGUUUAAUUCUCCUUCAAUUCUUUGAAAUUUCCAUAUUCAUCUACUAUCUUCUUUGUUUCUUUUGUUAAAUCUCAACUUUUAAAUUAAUUUAUUAGUUGAUAGAUUAUUACUAUCAACUGUUAAAUUAAUUUAACAAUUAAGAUUUUUGGAAAGAAUUAGAAAAAUAAACUGAAAAUGCCCACCUAGCUAUCCACUCUAGAAUCCUAUUCUCUCUUAUACUUUAUAUCUAUUCUCUUUAUUAUCUCCUCAUUUCUUCUUAAUCUUCUCUCUUAUUUUUGCAUAAUAUACACAAUUAAUGCUCUCAAUAUACAAGGUGACCCAAACAACUUAGGGAGUUUCAUUUGGGCACCCAUUCUUUCUUAUCUUUACUUUUCAAAAAUAUAAACAACUUAAAGACAAACCCUUUUGCUUGUUACAUAUAUCUUGUCUUGUCACACAUUGUUUCUUUUCUUGUUUUUCAAAUUGAAUUGGGUUUCCUUAUGUUGUACUUCGUGUCAUUUUUUUGGUAAAAGGUUGGUGCAAUAACCAAAGGAUCUUAUAUCUUCAAGAGAAAUUAAAUGUGAAUAGUGUUCAUUUAUUAGAAUUGUCUAUAGAGGCAGAAUAAAGCUAGCUUAGUUGAAAUUGUAUAUGUAGCAUUGUGUAUAGCACUCGGAAUUGUCGAGUUGCAAGUUGUUAUUUUAGUGGUGAUAUAGAUACACAAGAUGUAAUUGUAAACAUACAAAUAAAGUAUCAAAUUUGAAAUUCAUUCACUUUGUUUC